AAGCGAUGGCUGUUUGAUGUUAUUUUGGUGACUUUGUUGAUUGAAGCACUGGAUUACAGGUAUCAUAAUGGCUGACACCGAGAACUUUGUUUCUCAACUCCCACAGCCUGCUCGCCAUGGGCUCCCAUCACCUCAGAAGCACUUAUCAGAGCUGAGCUCAUCGGCAAGCAACUCUCGAAGUGCCAUGCCUCCUCCUGGCUUCGCUAGCCACAAGCGCCAGGGAUCCAACUGUUUGUCCUAGACCAGAAGAGAAAGAGACGGGGAGAUAGAUGCUGAUAAACAUCCACAGUGCCCGAACCGGCCGCGAAACGCAAGACUCUUGUUGAACGCGCGGGCGAGCCUCCGAGAAUACCACCGGCUGCACCUCGAUCGAAUGCGGCUCUGAGCUCUGCAGUCAUGUCUACAGUUCAUGGCCGCAGCAAUCCGUCUUCUUUUUCCCAAUCUUACCGGAGCAAUUCGAAUCAAUCGAGAAACACAUCCAACUCUACAACGUCUUCAUCAUUCUCGAUGAGUGUAGGCAGCGGCAUCCGACCAUCGGGUCUACGACCGGUAUCGAGUCUCGCCCGACCCAAAUCAUCACUGGCGAAAGAGCGAGGGACGAGAAUGGCCAACCCAAGGCCAACGACGUCGAUGGAUACCCGAGCUGAAAACCAAGAAGGACCCAAUAACAAUAAACAAGCCUGGGAUCCCGAAGAACAAUACAGCAAUAUGGAAAGAAUGUACGAAGACGUGUGCAAGCACUACAAGCAAGCGAUGGAAGACAACGUGGAGGCUAAGGAGGCCAACCAUGCUUACAAGUCCACCCUUGCCGGCCUAGAACAGGAGCGAAAAGAACUCACAGAAAACGUGAUAUCGCUUAGGUGCGAGUUGGAAACGACGAAAUUCCGACUCGAGACCGCCGAACGAGCGAAGACCGAGGCCCAGCGCGACAACGAGGAAGAAAUCGAGGACGUCAAGCGUGAGCAUCGAAUCGAGUGCGAAAAUAUCCGUCAAGCACAUCGUCAAGACAUGGAGCGACUAAAAUCGGAUCAUCGGGAUGAGUUGCGAGAGUUGAAAAAGAGACUGGAAGAUGAGCUUGAAGAUGAACGGACACAACGACUCCAAGCAAUAAGCCAAGUCUCCACUCAAGGGGCGUUGGAAAAGCAGAGACAUCAAAUGGACCUUGAGGCCAAAGAGCAAGAGAUCAGAAAUAUCGGAUCUGAAAUUGAGAGGUUGAAGGCCGAUCUUGCUCGAGAGAAGACACUCAAUGACGACCUACGGCAGAAUUUGAGCUCUGCCGGAGCCAACGCGACGACCAUGGAGAAUGCUCGACAAGCACUACAAGCCAAGAUCGAUUACCUUGAAUCGGAUAGCAAAUCUCAGUCGGAAGCAUACGCCAUGAUGGAGAAGAGAAUGAAUGCGGCUCUAGAAAAAGCGACCGAAUGCGAAGAAAAGUUGCGAAAGGAGGAAAUGCUUCGACGGAAGCUACACAACCAAGUUCAGGAACUCAAAGGCAAUAUUCGAGUGUUUUGUCGUGUACGACCAUCCAAUGGAGACGAAGCUGAAGGGACGGCCAAGUUCAACUUUCCCGAGUCGGACGAUGACCCGAAAGAUAUCGAGGUCAAGGGACCAGAAGAAACCAACAGCUUGGGCAAGGUCACGACGAAAACACAUCAAUUCUCUUUCGACCGAGUCUUUGCGCCGUCGAGCAACAAUGCCGAGAUCUUUGAAGAGAUCAGCCAACUCAUCCAAUCGGCUCUUGAUGGUUAUAAUGUCUGUAUUUUCGCGUACGGACAGACUGGAUCCGGCAAGACUUUUACAAUGUCGUCCGAAGACGGUAUGAUCCCACAGGCUCUGCGGCAGAUUUAUAGCACGAGCAAAGAGCUAGAGGGCAGGGGAUGGAGCUACACGAUGGAAGGCAGCUUUGUCGAAGUAUACAACGAGGAGUUGCGAGAUCUUUUGGGCAAGGACGGUGAGCACAACACCAAAAGACACGAGAUCCGCCACGACAUGGCAACGUGUGAAACGACCAUCACCGACGUGACGACGCUCGCCCUCGACAGUCAAGAACAGGUCGAGGGUAUCCUGGCGCAAGCAAUGUCUCGAAGAUCCGUGGCGGCGACAAAGGCCAACGAACGGAGCAGCCGAAGUCACUCGGUUUUCAUCCUCAAGUUGACCGGCCACAAUUCCAUCACCGGUAAACGGUGCAAGGGGACGCUCAACCUGGUGGACCUGGCGGGUUCGGAACGACUCACCCACUCACAGGUCGAAGGGGCCAGACUCAAGGAGACCCAAAACAUCAACAAGUCGUUGUCUUGCCUGGGGGACGUCAUUGGUGCCUUGGGCCAGCAACAGCAGAGUCAACAACAGCGAGAGCAACAGACCGGGUCCGGCGGCGGACACAUCCCUUACCGGAACAGCAAACUGACCUACCUCUUACAAUUCAGCCUGGGAGGCAACAGCAAGACGUUGAUGUUUGUCAUGGUGGCGCCGGAGAAGAAGUGCCUCUCGGAGACCAUCACCAGCCUCAAGUUCGCCGACAAGGUGAGUCGGACGAGGAUCGGUGUGGCGAGGAAGACCGGCGGGAGGUGA